AUGUCAAGUGAAGUGACAAGAGCUGAAAACGAAUAUUCUAAAAAGACUCAUACACAUUCUAUAUCUGAAAUAACAGACUUAAACGUUAGCCUUGAAAAGAAAGCAGAUAAGGAAUAUGUGGCUAGUAAGUUAGAGAAGAAAGCGGAUAAGGAAUAUGUGGAUGAAAAAGAUAACGAAAUGAAAGAAAGGGUUGACUGGUACCAUGAAUGGACAUCGAAGACUUUUAAAGUUAAAGCUGAUACAGGAUGGGUUUCAGGAUGUUUAGACCUUAAAGCAGAUAAAACUUAUGUUAACGAUGAGUUAGAGAAGAAAGCAAAUAAGACUCAUACACAUACAAGUUUUACAACUGUUGCUAUAGAAAGUAUUGAAGGAACGGUUGAAGAAACUGGUGGGGAUGCAAUAUAUUGUAAACCUCCUAACUUUCCACAAGGUUUAACAUCGGAUGACGACAUAACGACGAUGAGAAACAUUAGAUGUAAAGAUGUUUAUGUCAUGAAGGAUGAACAUAAUAUUAAAUUCACUGCUCAAGAUUUAUAUGACAAGAAAGCAGACAAAACAGAGCUUCAAACAUUAAAGACAGAAAUGCUUCAAACAUUAUAUCCUAUAGGCUCUAUUUAUACGUCAAUGAACUCUACCAGACCAGAAGUAGUACUUGGUUUUGGAACUUGGACUCAAAUAGUCGACAGGUUUUUGUAUUGUGCAAACUCUUCAAAGGAAACAGGUGGAAGUAAAACGAUUUCAGGUGAAAAUUUACCUGCGCACAGUCACUACAUAGAUUUAAGUACAUCUCAAGCAGGUUGGCAUAAGCAUAAAUUUUGGGAUUGGUCAGCAAUGAAAAAAGGUAAAGGAUAUGAUGUUAAAGACGACGUUCAGUUUGCUAUAAAUUGUUUCUGGGGUAACACUCAGGGAGAUGGAAACCAUACACAUCGCGUUUCAGGAUAUACGCAAACAACGGGACAAAGUAAAGAAUACAUGCCACCUUACAUGACAGUUUACGCAUGGUAUAGAAAUGCUUAG